ACUUCAUUUCUUCUUCUUCGUUCAUUAAUUAGCAAGUACUUACGCAAGAAUACAAUAUUUCACUCAGUGAAAUGUCGAAUUUUACGUGUACAAAUAAAAAUAUUUUGUUACUCUAAAACACGCAAUAUUAGUAAGAUAAAAAAAAUGCAGACAUUAAAAAAACUUUUACGUUUGUUAUAUGGUGUCUUCAUGUUUGUGUUACUAUUGUUACUGGGAUUAAAAACAUAUAAACCUCCGCCAGUUAUAAUAAAAUGGAAUACAACAACAGGUAUAUCAUGCCACAGUGAAUCCAAUAGCGAUUUACCCACAAUAGACAAAAGUUUCUCGCCUUCGCCUAAAUCAAUUUAUUUCUGCGAGACGUCCUGCAAAGGUGGUUUGAAUUCCCGCCAGGCUUGCGCCAUUGAAUCUGCAGCUAAAGCUAAUCCAGCACGACAAAUCUACGUUUUUUUUAAUUCACCGAUUAAAAAUUACAUUUUGGAAAGAAGCAACCUAAUUCUACUUCAAAAGUAUAAUAAUAUAAAAUUAUUGAGAGUAUUAAUAACCAAAUUCGCAGAUGGGACACCAAUUGAAUCUUUAAUCUAUACUGGCGCCCUGAACAAAAGUCUCUGGGGUGUAGAACAUACGGCUGAUGUACUGAGAUAUUUGAUCUUAUACAAAUGGAGCGGGAUUUAUUUAGACACGGACAUGGUUGUUGUGAGAUCUUUCGACUCAUUGACAGAGAACUGGGCCGGCAAAGAAAGUGAUGCUGCUGUUAAUAUAGCGGCCCUUGCGUUCUCCGACGAUGAAAUUGGAAGACGAGUUGCGGAGGCAAUUAUAAGUGAAAUUAAGGAAAAUUAUAGAGGCGAUUUGUGGGCUUACAACGGCCCCGGAGCCAUAACAAGGGUGCUCAAAAACAUCUGCAACACCACAGAUUUAAACCAAAUGACUCCCGAAAAAUGUAAAGGUUUUAGUGUAUACGCACAAAAUUACUUUUAUCCUGUACACUGGAGCGAGAAAGAAAAAUAUUUCGAGUCUGGUCGAGUCCUUGAUACCCCUAAUACUUAUACCCAUCAUAUAUGGAAUAAACUUACGCAUGGAUUGAAAGUACCAAAUGAUUCCAAAUACGCAAACUUGGCUAGAGUGUACUGUUCGUCUAUUUAUGAGAUGUACGGAGAUGAAUUUGGUACAUAAUUGGGGACGAAUAUAAUCAGUAAAUCAGUAUAAUAAGUUUACAAUCGGUAUUAAUAUCGAAAUUUAUAUAAACUCUGAAUACCUACUUAGAUCGGGUACAAAACAUAUAUUUUUUUCAUUCAUUACUCUUAUUAAUCUUAUAAAUUAUACUAUAUUACCUAUGUACUAUGUACCUACUUAAUAAUUUUUUUAUUUUCAUUGUAUUAUUUUGCCAUUUACUAUAAGAUAACAUCCUCUUAGUAGGUUGCCUGUGGUAUAAUUCAUUGAAUGUUAGAAAUAUAUUAUGUAUGUAUUUGUAUUAGCAGUUAUUUGAAAACUUUAAUAAUUAAUUAUAAACUGUAAUAAGAAUUAAGUUUCAGUAUAUUACAUGUAUUAUAUAUGAUUAACCUUAAAGGUAACAAAGGUCGCACUUAGUGCCCAAAGAAUAUUUAUAUCACCUACGUAAGUUAGUGCCUAUAGUACCGGGGAUCCCAAAGUAGCGCCGCGGCGCCCUAGGGUGUAAAUACGGGCGCCGCUUCUAAAACUCUAUGAGUACUUUAUGAAUAUCCAACUCUUUUGAUGAAGUUGUUUCACUUUCUAUGUCUUAUUAGUGUCACUUCACACAAAUUUUGACAAGGGUGCUAUGAAAAAUACUAAACCUCUCAGUGCGCCGUGAAUUUUAAAACUUUGGGAACCCGUUUUUUAAUGUGGUUGUGAUUUCUGUAUGUUUUUGGGUAACAAAGAUGAUUAGGUAAAAGAGAAAUAAAAAAUAAAGACCCAUUAAAACACGUGAAUAGUUUGCAACAAACUGGACUACUGGACUUUAUUCUAUGAAUGUUUUAUAUAACGACUAGAUAGAUGGCAUUACUAGUCACUAUUUAUCAUAGACUUAGAAUAUACUACGCCAUUAUAUUCUAAGUUUAUAAUAUUUAUCUAAGAUUUAUUGACAAUUUGAUACAAAUAUUGACAGGUCAAAAAAAAGUUCGGUGUACCUACGCAGCUUUCUAUAAAGUUCAAUUACAGAAGCUAGUAAUUAAGGCGCCGAUAAUUUAAUUAUUUAAGGACUAUGUUGGCGUUAUAUGACGACGACAUUUUUAAUAUCUCGUCUGUAUUUCAAAGUGUUUGAAAUACUCUCAAGGAAAACCUUCUGUGACAGAUACUGAACUAAGUAGGAGUUUUGUUGCAUGU